UUUUCUCUUCACUUUUCAGAUUAAUUAUUCGGAAUUUCUGGAGCCAUGAAACCAGAUUACCAUCCAAUACAUUGGACCGAUUGUUGGCACUAAAUUCUUUAUAUUCUCCGAAAAUAGAAGUCCACUUUUUAAGUUUAGCAACAAAUUUUCUGCUUGAAAUGACCAGGAUGAGCCCAGAUUAUCUAAACCCAAUAUUUGAGCAUCCUCUGUCAGAAUGUGAAUUUCAGGAAUAUACCAUAGAUCCUGACUGGCGUUUCCGAAGUACUGUGCUCACUCCAAUGUUUAUUGAGACCCAGGCUUCGCCGAGUAUUCUCCAUACCCAAACCCAGGAAGGGUCCCUUUCAGACCGAAGGCAGAAGUCUGGGCAAGUGCGAGCCACUCAACAGCAGUAUGAUUUCACCCCGACACAAACCAUAGUUGAAAGGAGCUCAUUCGAUUGGCUGACUGGGAGCAGCAUUGACCCAUUGGCAGAUCACACACUCGUCCCUUCAGAAUCCUCAUCUUCCUCCUUGCUGUUUGCUCACAAGAGGAGUGAAAAGUCACAGAGAAUAUCCUGGAAGUCGGUAGGACCUGACUUUGGGAUAAAAAAGUUGGGCCUUCCUGGUGAUGAGGUAGAUAACCAAGCAAAAAGUGGUAAGUAAAAUGCUGAAAUAUGUUUAAUAUGUAUUGCCCCUCCUGCAGAAGCUUACAUGGAGAGAGCAUUAUUUCUGACUGUCCACAUUUCCUUGAAAGCUGUAACGGAAAUCAUUAAAAUUCAACCCAUCAAUCAUUGUUUGGACACUUAACCAUGUUGAAAACAUUAUUUUCAGAUGUUCUUCAAGAAAUACUAUGUAUGUGGCAAGUCCAUUAGUUUAGUGACGUCUGGAACAUUAAGGGUAGGUAAGGCAGUAAAUGGGGUAGAAUUAGUAAGCCUAGUCUCAGGGGUGAGAGGUUAAAUCCAAGCACAGUGUGGAGCAAGUAUUUGGAAAGACUAGAUAAGGAAGGUAUUUGACAAGAGCCUGGAAGCCUAGGAUGUAGGAAGAGAAAUGACGAAAAAGAUGUAGAUAGAUAUUUUUGUUGAGUGGAAGAAACUCAAAAAUUAGUUCAGCAAGGUUUGUGGAGAGCAAAAUCCACUCUGAGGACCAUGUGUGGUCCAGCUGGAUCCAUGUCCUGGGAAACUUGGAGAGUUGUGAAGGAACCUGUAAAGGGAAGAAGCAGGGUACACUUUAGGAAGCUACCACCUGAUGAAUGGAGUAGAAUUAGUCAUGGGUACCACGUGGCGUGAGAAGAAUGGCAAAGCCCAGAAGCAC